UCAAGAACAUGACCACUACAGCAAACAUGCUCCAGACAGGAUCUAGGUCAUUAGCAUGGUUAAAUGACAAGGCCACCAACAUCAAGGACACCCUUAUUGCUGCAAAUGGACGAAACAUGACUCGGCUUAUGUCAACUGAAUUAACAUCUGAAAGGAUGAAGACAGCAGCGGUUGUUGCCGCCUCAAUUGCCGUGCCCACCCUUGUGGCAGCCACAAGUCUGUAUGUGAGCUCCAUCGAUGCCCGUGAAUGCCUGCAUGAUGAUGAAAUGGGCUUCAUGACCCAGAUACGCAUGACCUUGGGCUUUUAUGUGCCCCCACCAUGCCCAGAGCCCACUUGGCUGGAGGCUGCAUCCGCCUUCAUCCAGGGGCUUUUCUUGUAGUUAUAUGGAAGAAUUUCAA